AUGAGGCACUUGAACCUUUCCUCGGUGACAGAGUUUGUCCUCAUUGGUCUUCCCCACCCUGAAGUGAUGAAAAUCCCACUUUUCAUGUUAUUUUCCUUCAUUUACUUGUGUACACUUUUGGGGAAUGUUCUCCUAAUUUUAGUUGUAAAAGGAGAUCCUCACCUUCACAAACCCAUGUACCUCUUUCUUCUUAACCUUUCUUUCUUAGACAUUUGGUUGUCUACAGUUACAUUGCCUAAAAUGUUGACAAACUUUGUACAAAAUGAAACAACUAUUUCCUUCCAAGGAUGUAUCAGCCAGUUGUAUUUCUUUCACUUUUUUGGAAGUACAGAGUGCUUCCUUUACACCAUCAUGGCCUAUGAUCGUUUUUUGGCAAUUUGUCGUCCGUUACAUUACCCUUACCUCAUGAACUCGAAGCUCUGCAGGCGGUUUGCUGCUGGUAUUUGGUUCACUGGAUCUCUUCACUCAAUGAUACAUACAACAUUAACCUUCCGUCUCCCCUUUUGUGGUCCAAAUAGGAUUGACUACUUUUUUUGUGAUGUAAUCCCAUUGUUAAAACUUGCAUGUGCAGACACUACUCUAAACAAAGCAAUAAUAAUCACUAACAUUGGGGCUGUUGCUUUACUUUGUUUUAUCAUGAUUUUGAUAUCCUAUGCCCAUAUAAUAAGCACAAUUCUGAAGAUCAAAAGUUCUGAAGGUAGACGGAAAACCUUCUCCACAUGCGCGUCACACAUGAUAUCAGUAUUUUUCUACUAUGGUCCGCCUGUAUUUAUUUAUUUGAGUCCUAACUCGAUGGACUAUGUAAUAGAAGAAUCAAUUGCUGUGUUUUAUACUCUAGUAACUCCAAUGUUAAAUCCCAUUAUUUACUCUUUUAGAAACAAUGACGUGAAGGCAUCUUUAAAAAGAAUCAAAUGGAAGAAGCCAGAAAGAUAA